CUCCUUUGCGCUCGUUGCGCCAAAAAUCUCCGAGAUGCAUUUUAGUCAUACCGUUUAAAACGUAAACAAACAAGGAUGGAAGACGAAGCUCCAGUGAUAUAUGGGUUAGAAUUUCAGGCACGGGCCCUAGCAGCUCAGGCUGGUGAAACUGAUGAUAUACGAUUCAUCGUUGGUACACAAUCUCUCAGGCAGGAAAAUCAGGUGCAUCAUAUAGAUUUUGAUGAUGAAAAUAAUGUGAUAAAUAAAAAUGUAUUCCUACACAGAGAGGGUGAAAUAUGGCAUAUCAGUGCAUCAACGGUGGAUAAAAAUCUCCUUACAACCUGCUAUAAUAAAACAUCAGAAAGUAAAGCUGAGAUGCGAGCUGCAUUAUGGAGAUUACCCGGAGAUUUUGAUGAUGUUCAAACAUCAGAUGAUCACUCGUCACAUCAGUCACUAAGUUUAUUAUGUCAUCUAGAAGCCUCAGACUAUGGUGAUAUGAAAAGUAUAAUGUGGCAUCCAACAGGUGAUAAUACAAACGUAGUAGGUUUAGCAGACAACCAUAUCAUUGUGUGGGAUGUAGACACAUCAGGAAAUACAGCACAGAUGUCAAGUUCAGCUGGUUUAGAGAGCAAAGGUCAGCCAAAAUUGACCUGUAGUAGUUGGGACCCGCACCAUAACUGUGUGCAGAUAGCCACAGCCAACGAUACAUUUAUACGAGGUUGGGAUCUUAGAACAAUGCAACAGACCUAUGUGAUAGAAAAUGCCCAUGGUCAGCUGGUUAGAGAUGUAGAUUUUAAUCCAAAUAAACAAUACUACCUUGUUAGCUGUGGAGAUGACUGCAGGGUCAAAUUCUGGGAUGUUAGAAACACUUCUGAACCAAUGAAAACCCUCUCAGAUCAUUCACACUGGGUAUGGUCUGUACGGUACAACAGAUUUCACGAUCAGCUAAUUCUCUCCUCCAGUAGUGAUAGCCGUGUAAUCUUGAAUAAUAUUGUUUCCCUGUCAUCAGAGCCGUACGGUCAUCUUAUAGAAAAUGAUGAUGACGAUGAUGAUGAUGAUGAAGACGAGAAUGAGGACAGAGCAAGCAGGGAAGCGAGUCCACCAAAGGAUGGUGUCAUAGCAACAUAUGAGGAACACGAAGACAGUGUAUACAUGGUGGACUGGUCUACUGCAGAUCCCUGGGUGUUUGCUUCCCUCAGUUACGACGGCAGACUGGUUAUCAACAGGGUACCACGGGCAGAGAAAUAUAAGAUUCUCUUGUAACUAACCAAUUAGGAGGCAGUAACUCAAACAAAAAAAGAUUGUUUCUGACUGACUUAAUAUGUGCAAUAUUAUAUUGUUUAAUAAUCAUUCCAUUAAAGACUCUUUUUAGCAAAUGGUUUUGAUUUUUAACAAUUUUGUUUUGGAUCAAGACAAAGGCAGAUUAUAUCCCUUGGAGAUGAAAUGAUGGGGGUAUUUUAUUAUCCCUCAAAGAUGAAAUCAAUAGGGAUACUAAAUAAUUCCUCAAAAAUGAAAUUAAGGGGGAUAUUAAUGAAUUAUCAUUCAAAGAUGAAAUUGUGGGGAAUAUUGAUUUAUAUCCCUCAAAGUUGAAAUUGACUAGGGAAAAUUGAUUUAUCCCUCAAAGAUGAAAUUGGUGGGGGAAUAUUAAUUUAUCCCUCAAAGAUGAAAUCAACUAGGGAAUAAUGAUUUAUCCCUCAAAGAUGAAAUUGACACAGGGAUAUUAAAAGGACAUUUCCUUUUAUCCAGAUCCAUAUACUGUUUGAAUUGAUAUUCCAGUAUUCCUGAAACUUGACAAGAAUGUAUAAAUGAAUGGGGAUCUAAAACUUCAAAAUUCACAAAGAGUUUUUGAGUUGUGGGCCUUUCUUAUUUACUAAAUGGGAUUUAAAAAGGAGAAUUACCAUUUUGAACCAUAUUGUGUUGGUUAAUAUAAUAUAAUAUGAAAACCAUUGUGAAUGUAUAUAAUACAUGUAGUAAAAAGAUGAUACUUAUUAAAUAAUAUUGAAAUGUGA